AUGAUUAAUGAUGUUGAUAAUGACUCACCGUCACGUUUAAAUGAUCGUGUAUCACUGACAGGAAUACCUGUUAUUGAUGAACAACUUUAUGAAGCAAUUGAUUUAUUUGUACGUGAUUAUGUUGAAGUUUGGUAUAAAACUCAGUUAAGUUCUGAUGAAUCAUUUAUUCGUGAUGUUAAAAAUGGAAUUUAUAUAACGAUUCAACAUUUAGCUGAAAGAUUACGUGAAAUAGAUUGGUUAGAUUUUUGUACUGGAACAGUUGUUGAUAGUUUUGCAACACAUGUUCGAUUAUAUCGAAAAGCUAAAGAACGUAUGCGAUUAGAACAAUCAACAGAUAUUCGAGUAUGCUUUUUCGAUUUGGAAGCUGAGUAUGAAAGGGGAAUUUGUCGAGAUGAAGUUUGUAUGGAUAAAGAUAAAGAAAAAGAAUUUCUUCGUGAUAUUGUUGAAGUUUUAAUUUAUAUUUUAUUACCUGCUAAUGAGUUUCGUUGUGUUCCAGCUCGAAUGUUACUCAGAGAAGUCGUAGUUAACCUUGGUUUAAUACCUAUUAUUAAUAUGUAUACAGAUUCGGAUGCCAUCAAUCAAUUAAUUAUUAAAAUGUGUCAACAAUUUCCAUUAACAAUCGAUAAUUUUCUUCUUGUUGCACGAACGACUGAUUCAAGUGCUGAAUUAUCAACAUUAGCUGAUCGAAUAAGUAUUGAAAUAAAUCGAUGGCGUUCAAAAGAUACUGGAGGAGAAAAUGAUGCAGAUAUUCGUGCAACAUUAAAUAGUUAUCAAUAUUUAAAAAAAUUACUCUCUGAUCGAUUAGAAAAACAAGCACAAACAAUGACAUUAGAUGAUGAUGAAAUUUUACAAAAAGUGACCUAUCAUGAUUUACCAUUAACAGAAAUAUUGAAUAACUGUAAUGGUUUAGAUUAUUUUUUAAAAUUUCUUCAAACUAUUGAUGCUGCUGGUUACGCCAAUUUUUAUCUUAAUGCCGAAGCAUUUCGAUGUGCUGGUUUAUCAGUGCAACAACAAAAUGUAAAUACAACUCAUGAACAACAUCAAGCUAAUUUAGAAAUACUUAGACAUAUGGCCUAUGAUCUUAUUGAACAAUAUUUUCUUCCAACAGGAACAUUUAAAUUACCAAUGGAUGAAAAUCUCAUACAAAAAACAUUAAAAAUUUUAAAAACAGAAUCAUUGAAUGAAACACUACUUGAUGAACUUCAAACAAAAGUUUUUGAAAUUCUAUCAUCGGAUAAAUAUUAUGGACAAUUCAAAACAACAUCACAAUAUUUAAAAGUUUUAAGUGAAAUUGAUCCUACUGAUUCUUUAAAUGAUAAUUCAGAUGCUGCUUCAGUAUCAAGUAAUAAUAGCAAUGAUAUCUUCACUGAUUUUGCUGAACAACAACAUAAUUCAAAUAUUCCCUCUUCUCCGGGAACAAGUACGGGUAGUACAACUGCUGUUGUACCUGACAUGCUUGAUAAUAUAAAUAAUUAUUCAAUUACAACAGAAAUAAAUGAUUCUGGUGUAUGUUGUGAAAAAGGUGAAAAAUAUGCCAUUUAUGUUAUAUCUGUGUCUUGUAAACCAUUACAUGUUCAUAACAAUAAUAUUGAUGAUUUAAGACGUGAAUGGAUAACAUAUCGUCGUUAUAGUGAAUUUAAUGAUCUUGAUAUAGCAAUAAAAAAACGAUAUCCAGAUUUACGUGAAUUUCUUCGAUUACCUAAUAAAAGUUUAAUUAACAAUACAAGUGCAGAAGUACGAUUAAAACGACAAAAAGAAUUGAAUGAUUAUUUAUCAAUAUUAACGAAAACAAGAGUUCUUCAAAGUCAUCCACAAAUUGGUGAACUUGUAUUGAAAUUUUUAAGAAAUCAACAAUGGAAACAUGAACAAACAGAAUUCAUUCGCAAGAUGGACACAAUUGUAAACCCAUUCAAGCAAGCAUCAAUUGGUAUUGUUAGAGGUGUAUCGAAAUUGGGUGAUGGAUUAACAAUUGUAUCGGAUAGUGUUGUUGAAAAUGCAGGAAAACUCUUUCGAACACAUCCAAAUAAUUAUAAUCAAACAAACAUUCAUUUAACACGAGAUAUGCAAACAUUUCCUAUUGUUGAAGAACCUCAAGUUGAAAGUGCCAAAAAUAUUCCACUUCGGGUUCUGCUUGUUAUCAUGGAUGAAGUAUUUGAUCUUAAACAAAAAAAUAUGUGGUUUCGUUCAAGAUUUGUAUCAAUAUUAAAACGAUUUUUGCGAGCAUUUAUGGGUGAUUCAGUGAACCGACGUAUUGCAACGUUUGUUCAAUAUUGGACAUCAGCACCAAAAAUUGCUAAAGAAAUUACUCGUUUCAAAGAUGACUUUUGGCCUAAUGGUAUUUUAGCUGAUAAAGCACCUGAACGUGAUGCAAGUGUACGCAAUGUAACGCAAGUCCUCUGCAAAGCAAAAUUACUUGGCAUUGUUUCAGACGAACUUCGUCAUAUAAUUGGUAGUGAAACGACACGUCGUGGUCUAUUACGUUUAUUUGAAUUAUUACAAAAUGAAACUCUUAAUCGUCGAUUUGUAUAUAUUGUUUUCGAAGCAUUACUUAUAAAAUUAUUUCGACCGAAUGAUCUACAUUUAAUAUUUGAAAAACUUUAUUCACAAUCUGCACGUGUCAAAGAAGAAUAUCGAAGACGAAUAUUUGAACAAGAUCAUUUUCAUAAUGGCAUUUUAAAUACACAACAUCAUUACAAUGAAUCAAAUCAACGUCCAUAUUAUUUGAAUCGAUUAUCUGUACGAACUGAUGGUGAUUACACCAGUUUACAUCGUUCGAAUAGUGGCCAACAACAAAAGCAAUUGCCGAGAAGUUUAUCAAAAAUCUCAAGAUGA